AUGUCCAAACGAUUCUCCGCCGCCGAGGUUGCAUCCCACAACAAGGCCAACAACCUCUACAUUAUCGUCGACGAGGACGUCUAUGACUUGACCAAGUUUCAAGACGAGCAUCCAGGCGGGAAAAAGAUCCUGCAGCGUGUUGCCGGUAAAGAUGCCUCGAAGCAAUUCUGGAAAUAUCACAACGAGGGAAUCCUCAAGAAAUACAAGGCCAAGUUGCAGGUCGGAUCGUUAGACACCAAAAGGGUCGAGGCGCCCCCCACCCCUCCGGUGACACCUCCGGCCGAAAAAGUCCAGGAGGAAAAGGUUCGUCGUCAAGCGGUACCUGGCACCGUCGCUCCUUCACCGGGUCCGUCUGCUCCGGAAGACGCCGAGGCGCUGGAACCAUUUGGGUCUCUCAUUCCCUUUGGCGAUCCAAGUUGGUAUCAGGGCUACCAUUCGCCCUACUACAACGAGACUCACGCUGCUCUCCGUGCCGAAGUCCGAGAAUGGGUGGAGAACGAGAUCGAGCCGUACGUGACGGAGUGGGACGAGGGCAAGAAAGUACCCGACGAGAUCUACAAACAGAUGGGUGAACGAGGCUACCUGGCUGGCCUGUUGGGAGUCAAGUAUCCGACGCAUCUGGUCAAGAACAGCGUCAAGAGCGUGCCACCCGAGAAAUGGGACCUGUUUCACGAAAUGCUCCUCACGGACGAACUGUCGCGCACCGGCUCGGGCGGGCUGGUUUGGAACCUGAUCGGAGGCUUUGGGAUCGGCUGCCCGCCGCUGGUCAAGUACGGCAAGAAGGAGCUCGUCAGCCGCAUCCUCCCGGGGAUCCUCGCCGGGGACAAGAGAAUAUGCUUGGCCAUCACCGAGCCUGACGCUGGUUCCGACGUCGCCAAUCUCACCUGCGAGGCCAAGUUGUCCGAAGACGGCAAGCAUUUCAUCGUCAACGGAGAGAAGAAGUGGAUUACCAACGGAAUCUGGUGCGACUACUUCACCACUGCCGUGAGAACUGGUGGUCCUGGGAUGGGAGGGAUCAGUCUCUUGUUGAUCGAGCGCAGCGAAGGUGUCAGCACGCGACGGAUGGACUGCCAAGGUGUCUGGAGCAGUGGAACUACGUAUAUUACAUUUGAGGACGUCAAAGUCCCUGUCGAGAAUGUGCUGGGCAAGGUCAAUAAAGGCUUCCAAGUGAUCAUGACCAACUUCAACCACGAACGAAUCGGCAUCAUCAUUCAAUGCCUGCGGUUCUCGCGCGUGUGCUUUGAAGAGUGUGUCAAAUACGCAUCCAAGAGAAAGACGUUCGGACAGAAACUCAUCAACCACCCUGUCAUCCGCAUGAAGCUCGCGCACAUGGCGCGGCAGAUCGAGGCCAGCUACAACUGGCUGGAGAACAUCAUCUACCAAUGCCAGCGGAUGGGGGAGACGGAAGCCAUGCUCCGGCUGGGGGGCGCGAUCGCGGGGCUCAAGGCUCAAGCGACAACGACGUUCGAGUUCUGCACCAAGGAGGCGGCGCAGGUGUUUGGGGGGCUGGCCUAUUCGCGAGGUGGGCAGGGGGGAAAGAUCGAGCGGUUGUACCGUGAUACCCUGGCGUACAAGAUUCCUGGCGGCAGCGAGGAAAUCAUGCUGGAUUUGAGUAUGCGACAGAGCCUGAAGGUGCACAAGGCGCUGGGGAUGAAGCUGUGA